AUGUCCAAACCCACCGCUGCAAGUGGCAGCUCAGACACCGCGUUCCGCAAAACCUGGGACCGCGAAGAAUACACCAAAAGGGCAGCCGACGAAGAAGCCAAGCGCAAAGCCGAAGGCAAAGCCCGCUACGAAGCCAAACUCCUCGGCAAGAAAUACCACGCCCCAGUCGACUAUGGCUCACUCUCCGCAACAACCGCCCGCCAGGAGCGACUCAAGGUCGACUCGAUGGUGGGCAAGACGACGAUUGUGCCGGCGGGAUCAGCGCUAGGCAAACGUGGACGUGGACCGGGAUUUUACUGCGAGGACUGUGAUCUCACGUUCAAGGAUAAUAUUCAGCUGGUGGAGCACUUUAAUAGCAAGCAGCAUUUGAUUGCUACGGGGCAGAGUGGAGAGGUUGCUCGGGCGAGUGUGCAAGAUGUGCGUUUGCGGCUGAGGAUGUUGGCGCAUCAGAAGCGUGUCAGGGAGGAGGAAGAGCGGAGGGCCUGGCAGCUUGAUCUUGGGGAGAGACUACGCGAGCGUGAGGAAAUCGAUGCGAAGGAGCGAGAGGAGAGGAGGCGCAAGCGGAAUGAGAAGCGUCGCAAGGGUGGAGAUGGGGUGAAGCAGGAGGAGGAUAGCUGGGAGGGACGAUUGGGAAUUAUUGCCUAA